GGAGGAGACACAGACAAGUAAAAAGGAAGCAGCUACUCGGUGUGUGCCGCUGCUCUCACUGGUCCCCUGCACAACGUGUGAUUUAUGCAGAUCCCCGGGUGACAGUGAGUUGUGUGUGACAGAACCGGACCGUGUGAGCUGCUGGAGGGAAUCCCCGUGCAACGCUCUCUGUGUCAGGAGGCUUCGCAAGCUGCUUCACUCAAAAGAUAGGCGGGUGCCCUGUGCAGGGAGACCAUGACCCGCAGCACCUGGUGCUUCAUCCUCCUCAUCAUCAUCUCAUGAAACUGUGGGCUCCUCAUCAAUACCUCACUUGUAUUCAAGCACCAUUCAGUGUCAAGACCGCAAUAAAAUACAUUGGAACUGAGUUCAGCUAACUUUAUUUUUGUUGUUGCUACUUUGUGUGUUCAUUUGGAUUUUUGGUUUGCCCCUUUCUUAUGUGGAUUAUCUGGUUGUCAUCCCCCCAUCGUCACAUGGAAAUACUAAAUUAGUCUCGCUACAUUAAUGAGGCAGCCACCCAGUGAGUGUGACAUGGCUCUCAGCGGGACUUUGCUGCCGUCCAUCUCCACCUUCACCGCAGGGACUGCAAGCAAGGAUAAGGUGCUGAGACAGGCAAGUGCUGGCAACAGGUGGCGAGAAGAACUGUCCCACAUGAAGAGAAAUCCAGUGCUUAACCAGUCUUGCUCAUAUGAUGGUUUGGAGGGGGACUCCCAAGUCUUGGCAUCUCGUAGGGAGCCAGAAGAAUUUAAUGAGCUCUUAGACUUAGAUUUUAUUAUCUCCAACUCCCUUAUUCACCAGGAAUCUCUGUUAGCCUCUUCUUCCUCAUCCUCCUCUGCCACUGCCUCCUCCCCUCCACCAGCUGCUCCUUUGCAGGUCACCAUGUCUGCUGUUCCAUCUUCUGCCACAUGCAACUUAACCUAUCAGCUACGAUGUCUCCAGGAACCAUCUGGCAGCAGCAGCCUAAUGUACUCUGCCAGGGACUCUUCUGUUCCCAGCCAGUCUUUCAACCUGGCUGAUAUUAAUGAUGUCUCUCCAUCUGGUGGAUUUGUGGCAGAGUUAAUGAGGCCAGAUCUGGACCCAGUAUACAUGCAGCAGCCACAAACCAGCCUGCACGGUAAAUUUGUUCUAAAAACUGCAGUGGACAUGAGUGAUUACAACCAAUCCAUCAGUGUUAGUAAGAACAGUUCCGUUAUGGACAGUCCUAUGGUUUAUACUACCCACCAGUUAACCAGGAUGUGCCAAAAGAUCAAGCAAGAACCUUCUACAUCUUGUAUUGUGGCAUGUUCUAUGGAUGGGCAAGGGCAACAUGACUUCCAAGUAGGAAGAGUGCUCUCAAGUAGGACUAACCAGCCAUUGUGCCCAGAAGAGCUAAUGGGGAGAGAUUGUCAUACCUCCUCCCAGACACUAAACCAUCAGUCACUACCUGUACCUCCAGGCUACCAUGCUGCUCCCAGUUUCCCCCACUUUCAGCCAGAUCAGCAGCAACCACAGCUGCCUCCAACUACGCUUCAGUAUCAAGGUCAGUCUUAUGUAAAUAUUUUUGAAGAGCCUUUAAGCUUGCAGCUGUUGAAACAAGAAGUGAUGCUGACUCCACCCUCUUCACCUCUAGAGCUUUUAACUACAGGGGCAUGUAUGCCUGAGGAAACUAAGCCUAAAAGAGGCCGCAAGUCUUGGCCUAGAAAAAGAACCGCUACACAUACUUGUGAAUAUGCAGGCUGUGGAAAGACCUACACCAAGAGUUCCCACUUAAAGGCUCAUCUGCGCACUCAUACAGGUGAGAAGCCUUACCACUGUGACUGGGAAGGCUGUGGGUGGAAGUUUGCUCGCUCUGAUGAACUAACUCGCCAUUAUCGGAAACACACUGGGCAUCGGCCUUUCCAGUGUCAGAGAUGUGACCGGGCUUUCUCUAGGUCAGACCACCUUGCCUUGCAUAUGAAGAGGCAUUUCUAACUGCUUGACGCGAUCAACUGCCCAAAACUGCCACAAGAGUCAGUAUUCUGAGCACACUCAUUAGGGAAGGGAAAAACAGAAAGCACUACAAAGUACCGGGUUGUCUGAAAUGAUCAGCUUUUGGUACCACCUCUAUUUUAUUUUUAUUUUAAAAAUAGAAAAUGUAUAACUUUUUAAUAGCCAGAACCUCCAGAAAAAAAUGGGUUUUUGACUGGAUUUCCAAGCAUUCCAUUUAGCCUUUAAACUGACUUGAAUCUUUAUAGACUAUAAGUUCCUGAGCAAAGACUGGAAGAUGGUAGAAGUGAUUUGCUUGUAAUUAACAGAGGGAAAAACAGAAGCUAUGGUUUCCCUUUGUUCAAUAUAACCUUUUUUCUAGGGUUGCGUUUUUUUUUUUUUUUUUUUUUUUUUCUUCUUAAUGAUAGUUUACUUUUGUGUAUUUCCACUCAAAUGACUACAUUAACCAUCCUAAACAUAAAUGCUGGAAUAGGGAAGGAUAAAAAAAUAUUUAGCUAAAGGUGCUUUAUAGACUGUUGCUUCUAAUGGUACCAAAGAUGAAGCCAAAGUUCUCAUUCUUCUGCAUAUUUGACAAGGAAAUCUUUUUGUCUUCCGAUCUACAGUAAUGACCAAAGUCGGGUCUAUAAACCUGAUUUAUUUUGCUAAUAUGUAUGUAUAUGCAGACAGUAUGUGAUGCACUGUGGUUUCUUUGUGCAAUACUUUGUACUAUGGUUUAUUUUCAGAUAUGCCUUAAGCAGAACAAAACUUGUUUUCUAUUUAGGACUUUACAUAAUAAAAUAUGUAAUAUAAAUUUUAAGCAAACUUCUAUUUUGUAUAUUUGUAAACUAUGAAAAAAAUGAAGAUUUUGUUUAAUUGUAUUUCGCAUAUUCAAUACAUUCUAAAUAAACCUAUAUAAUAUUAUCUGGAGAAUAAUUCUCCCUUUUUUGUCUUUUAAAAGGACUUUUUAUAUGGCCUUUAUGUGUCUUUUUGUUUUAAUUAUGCAUCUUCUAUCCUUUUUUGUUUCCUGGUGUAGGGUGUAUGUGUGUAUGAAUAUAUGUGUGUGUAUACAUAUUAUUAUUUUUUUUUUAUUAUUAUUAUUUUUUUUUAAUAUAUAUAUUCACUGGAGAUGAGCGACAUAAUCUAGAUAUUAAUUCCUUGUAUUAGUAAGCUGCUGUAUGACCAAAUCUAUUUUACUUUUUAAUUCUACAUUUUUUCAUUCUAUAGGUGACAGGCAGUAGCAUUUUGGAGUACAUAGGAUAAAUUAUGUUAGAAAUAUUCUGAUUAGCUGUUGGGCAAGAAUCUGAACCGAAAUGCACAUAAUGUGGAGUAUUUUACAUUUUAGGCAUUAUACCUUCUUUAAAGUCAAGGAAAUGUAACCAUUUCCAAUAAUCCAUAAGGAUGGCCUAGUAUUUUCUCUCGUUCUCUCUUGCUUUCAUUUUUUUCUUUAUAGUCUUCUUCUUUAUAGUAUACUUGCCUACUGCCACAGAAAAAAAGGGUUUACUCUUUGCUGUGGGCAUCAGUAUAUCCCGAAAGGACGUGGUAGAUUUUUCACUCUAUAUAGAACUAACGGCAAUAACUGUAGUUUGACUUUUUUUUUUUUUUUCCAGCACAUUAAAAUUGCCUGUCAUAUGAUCACAAAUAAAAUGUUUCUUAUACAACAAAGCAUAUGACAGCUAAAACCAUUCCAAGUAACAGAUUUUUUUUUUUUUUAAUAUUUAUGGCAACCACACUACGUUAUGUUUGUUUGGUUUUUUUUUUUUUUUGUUGUUGUGUAUUUUUUUUUUUUUUUUUUUUAUAUAUAUUGUUGCAUUUGUGGACUAACGUGAUUUUAUUAGGUGGAUAGAAUUUUUGGAAAAUCUUAGGUUGACCCCUCCCACACCCAUGUCAUUUAUAUUAUGUUAAUACUGUGCCAAGUUUUAUGCAAUUUUUCAUUAAUACCAGUAGUCCACUUUUGACCACCUACUUGUCUUAUCAAAGGUUUGAAUAUCUGGAAUCCUAAGGAUUUAGAUCAAUAAUGUAUGUGUACACUUGAGCAAGUACUAAAAAACCCUUCCUGUGACUUAAUUAGUGUAAUCACAUAUCUUUUUAACUUUAUAAUGUUAGAAAAUACUUACACUUUGCAAAGUGAAGUCAUAUGGUGUCAUGAUAUCCGUUGCCCCAAAUGCUGAGCAAAUGCACUUAUUUAUGGAAUAAUUCCACACAAUGUAAGAUGCUGUCACUAUUUUUGCCAGCAGGGACAUUAGACUCAAAAUAAAAUGGUUAAAGGAAAAGUAAAGUUAAACUUUCACAAUUCAGAGAGAGUAUGCAAUUUAACGUUUUCAAUGUAUUUUCUAUCAAAUUUGUUUUGUUCUCUUGGUAUCCUUUGAAGUAUAGGCUAAUGAGCAGCAAUGCACUAAUGGGAGCAACUGAACACACACCAACAGCCAAUUACCAGCUAGCCCCUAGUAGUGCAUUUAUCUUCCUGGGCCCAACUAGGUAUGCUUUUUAACAAAAGAUACCAAGAUAAAAUUCUAAGAAUAGAAGUGAUUAGGGACAUUGUUUGAAAUAAUAUGUUCUAUUUAAAUCAUGAAAGAAAAUGUUUGGGUUUCAUGUCCCUUUAACUAUACUAAAAACUGCAGUGUACAUUCAUUAUGUAUGAUUGUCUGCAAAUUAUAUCAGGUACACCAAAUUGUAAACUGUACUGUGUAUACCUAUACUGUCCUUAACUUGUUUAAAAAAAACAAAAAAACACACAUUUUGACAUAGGACAUUUUAAAAUUCUAUGCAGAUAAUCAUUUUUUUUUUCAGUAUAGUGCUUUAAAAGGAAAUGGAUUUGUAACAUUUAUCUAAAUCAUGAAAGUGUUAAUUUUGACUCCCAUGUCUUUUUUUUAAAUUGCAUACAUUAGUAGGUGACUUUUAAUGCUCUUUUUUUUUAACUGUUUCCGAGAAGGAUGUCUGACUCUUCACUGCGCAAUGCAGUACUAACUUAUAGUAUUACUGGCAAAUCAAGUCACUUAACUGCCAUAAAGGUUUUUUUUUGUAAAUCCUUAAAGGGACAUGAAUCCCCAAAAUUUUCUUCCAUGAUUCAAAUACAGCAUAGGAUUGUAACCAACUUUCCAAUUUACUUCUGUAAUCAUGUUUGCUUCAUUCGCUUGGUAUCCUUUGCUGAAGGAGCAGCACUACACUAUUGGGAGCUAGCUGAACAUAUUAGGGGGUCCAAUGACAAGCUAUGUAUGUGCAGCCACCAAUCAGCAGCUAGCUCACAUUAGUGAAUUGCCACUCCUGAGUCUACCUAUGCAUUCUUUUCAACAAAGGAUGCCAAGAAGUACAUUGGAACGUUGUUUAAAAAUUGUAUACUGAGUUUGAAUAAUGAAAUUUAAUUUUGACUUCAUUAUCCCUUUUUUAAAAACUGUUCUGAAACUAUUCAAAGUUAUUUUUAUGUUGUGUUAAACCUUUGUAUAAAGCUGCUAUGUUUUGCAAAGACAUUAAUAAAAGUUUUUAAAGUAAAACUAUUUAAAAAUAGAUGAAUAAUUUGUCUUUAACUCCUUGGUUGUUUGUGGUUUUACAAUAAAGGUUUUAAAAUAUU